ACAUUUUACACGGAGUUUUUUAUUUCUACUUUUUCUCACAUCAUUGACCAUCAUCAAAAAUGCAAGCUAAUACUAACAAUUCAAAUGAAUGGAUUAACUGGAUUGAAGAAGCUUCUUCAAAAAAACUUAUUAGACAUUUUGAACAUAAUCGUUUUUAUAACUUUCAAGAUGUUUGUGACGGAAGAUAUGGGAAGGUUUAUCGUGCAAAUUGGAAAAAUUUUCACGAAAGUUUUGCAUUAAAAACUUUUUAUGAUUUUAAUGAAAUUACAAUUAAAGAAAUUGUUCAUGAAAUACAACUUCAAAACAAAAUCGCUAUUAACGAAAAUAUUAUUAGAUUUUAUGGCAUCACGAAAGAAAAUGAUUCGAAAAAUUAUAUAUUGGUAAUGGAAUAUGCCGAUAGUGGUACCCUUCAAAAUUAUUUGAAAGAAAAUUUCGAAAGACUCACUUGGGAUGACAAAUUAAAUUUGGCAUUUCAAUUAUCUUGUGGUGUAUCUUGUUUACAUGAUGAAGAAAUUAUCCAUCAUGAUUUGCAUCCUAAAAAUAUAUUGAUUCAUCAAAAUACUCUAAAAUUAGCCGAUCUUGGUUUGACAAAGAGAAUUAAUGAAGCAUCUAAUUUUCAAUCAUUUGGAACAGUUCCUUAUAUUGAUCCAAAGAGUUUUGUUAGAAGACGAAAAAAUGGAAAAAAUGAAGAUAAUCAAACACAAAUAUAUUCGUUAAACGAAAAAAGUGAUGUUUACAGUGUGGGUGUGAUAUUGUGGGAAAUAUCCAGCGGACGUUCUCCUUUUGUUGAUAAAAUACCUUAUGAUAUCAUUUUGGUAAAUGAAAUUUUAGGGGGUCUUCGAGAGACUCCUGUUGCAGAUACACCCAAAGAUUAUAUAAAAAUUUAUACUAGUUGUUGGGACAUCGAACCAGAUAAUCGACCAACUAUCAAUCAAGUUAUUUCAGUCAUUACGGACAUUAUAAAUAUUAUUACGAAAAAUGAUGAAAUUUCUAACGAUGACGAUGUUGAAAUGAAAGAGAUUUCCGAUGAUGAUAAUGUUGAAAUAAAUGAAAUUUCUAAUGAUGAUAAUAUUGAAAUAAUUGAUGUGAAUUAUGAUAUAGGUAAUCAAAUGGUUGACGUGAAUUAUGAUAUGGAUUACGAGAUGGUUGACGUGAAUUAUGAAAUGGUUGACGAAAUGGUUGACGUAAAUUAUGAGAAUGACGUAAAUUAUGAGAAUCAUGACAUAACUGAGGAUAUCGAAGACCGUGAAGUAGUGGUUGAUGAUGAUCACGUUGACGAAAUAAUUGAUCGUCUCAGUAAUGUAAAAGAAAAUGAAGAAAAACAAUGUAUUCUUGAUUAUCUCAAUAAUAAUAAGAUAACAAUACAAAAAAUAUAUGAUUUUAUAUCAAGUAAUCAAAAUAAUUCAAAUUCAAUUGUUUUACUUGGAAAAUUUAAUUUUUUAGGAAUUGAAACAGAAAUUAAUGAACAAAAAGCUUAUGAAUUAUAUCAAAAUGCUGUAAAUUUAGAUAAUAAUGUAUAUGGAAUAAAUUAUUUAGCUCAUUGUUAUGAGAAUGGAAUUGGAGUUAGUGAAGAUAAGCAAAAGGCGUUUGAGUUAUAUCAGAUGGCUGCAACUCGGGGAAGUGCAUCUGGAAAAUGUAAUUUAGCAUAUUGUUAUGAUAACGGAAUUGGGACUAGCAUUAAUAAAAAUAAGGCGUUUCAGUUGUAUAAAGAGGCUAAGAGAAUAGGACAUAGUAUAGCGCAAUAUAAUCUUGGCAUAUGUUAUGAAGAGGGAAACGGUGUUGAUAAAGAUCAUAAUACUGCUUUUGAAUUAUAUAAAGAAUUAGCCGAAGACAAAUAUCCCGAUGGAAUAGAGCGUUUAGGAUAUUGUUAUCAACAUGGAAUUGGGACUAGUAUUGAUGAGAGAAAGGCGUUUGAAUCAUAUCAGGAUGCAGAAAGUUUAGGAAGUAUAUCGGGGAUGACCAUGUUAGCAACUUGCUUCCAUGAUGGAAUUGGAACUAGAAUUAACAUGAAGAGGGCUUUUAGACUAUUUGAGAAGGCUGCGAAUUCUGAAUAUAAAGAAGCUCAAUUUUGUCUCGCUUGUAUAUAUGAUAAAGGGGAUGGCGUUAGUAAAGAUAACAAGAAAGCUUUUGAAUUAUUUAAAAAAUUGGAUGAAAGUGAACAUCCAGAUGCGAUUUGUUAUUUGGCACAUUAUUAUCUAAAUGGAAUCGAAACCAGUGUUGAUAAGAGAAAGGCAUUUGAACUAUAUCAAAAAUCAGCGAAUUUAGGUAGUUGGACAGCCCAAUAUAUGCUUGCCACUAUGUAUGAAAAUGGAGUUGAAACCGUAAAAAAUAUGGAUAAAGCAAUAUAUUGGUAUAAAAAAUCUGCGGAACAAGGAGAUGAAAAUGCUCGAAGUAGAUUAGAAUCUUUAGAAGUUAAUAAUGACUUUAUUUAAACGUUAUUGUUGGAUUUAGAUUUAUUAACUAGCUGAAUUCAUGAAUUUAAAUUAUAUACACGUACAUUUAUGCAGAUUUUAUUUAAACUUUACCGAACAAUUAGGUUAAUUCUCUAGAGGCCUUCUGAUUAGAGUAUAAACCAAAAUAACAUUAAUUAAUAGUCUUUUAAAAUAAAAGAACAUUCUAGAUAUGUCUUUUUUCUAAAAAAUUACCAUUUUUAUAUUACAUAAAGUAUGUUUUGUAUUUUGUGCAUAAGCAUAAUGGUUUAGAAUCAAAUAUAUAUUACUUUAAACGCGCGAAAUUUUUUAUUCUCACAGCGGC